AUGGCAUUCGGAAUGCUAAUCUAUAUUUUGCUGAAAGCAAUGGGGGCGCUGAGUGAAGAGUCAGCUAUUACUGUUUCAUCCCUCAGCACAGACUUAUGGAGUAAUUGGACAAAAAACAGCGCUGAAGUAGACUACACAGAGCAGCCAAAGCUCUUGAAGCUUAUGCAGACGUGUCUCGAAGAACACCACAGCUAUUGUAUCAAUGGGCUUUGCGCUUUCCACAGCGAGCUGAGGAAACCCAUAUGCAAGUGCCUUGCAGGUUAUAACGGAGAGAGGUGUGAACAUCUAACGCUUAAUUCGUACGCGCAUAAUUCUUACGAACGCUACAUUGCUGUGGGAAUUGGCGUAGGAAUACUGACGAGCGGGAUACUUGCUAUCAUCUACUGCUACGUAAGAAAGAGAUGCAGGAAAUUGAAAUCACCCUACAAAGUCUGCACGGGCGAGACGGCGUUGUGA